GCUUAGUUACGGUGAUGUUAUCGUGCGGUUAGGAAGCGAGGUCAUUAUAGUGCAGAGAGUGUAGCCGUUGGUGAACUCAUAUUUAGGGGUGGAAAAUUGCUGAAAAUUUUGGAUACGUGAAAUUGUGGGAGAUUCGUAUUGCUGAAUACUGCGGAAAUGCUACGUUGGAUCUUUUUAGUGGCGCUUAUAGCGUCACCCACGUUAUCAAAAAACGCUGAACGAAGACGAGCGUUUUAUCGAAGAACAACCACGACCAGCACUGCGACGCCCAUAUCAGAAGAUGCCAUCAGCUCUGAAUCUAAGUUUAAUGACAAUGCCGGUGAAGGUCUGUAUACGGUUGGAGAUUCAUUUACGAUAGGUGGAGGCUCCUCUGCGUCCUCGUCCGGAGAUAACAUUGGCAAAGGAAGUGCGUUCAAGCCAGUCACUAGCAGCGGCGAUAAAUUGACAUCGUUCUCGGAGUAUGGAUUUGGCGGCACAAAGUUAUCUGAAUCCAAUGAUUCUGGUUCGGAUGAGGAUUAUGGAAUAAACCUCAAGAACAUCAAACCCCUUAAAUCAUCCUCGAAUUCUAACAGUUUUAAAUCUUCUGGAGCAUUUGACUUUCUAAAUAAUGACUAUUCGAAACUUUCUUCGGACAGUAAAACGAAAUCCUCUUACAGCAACAAAUUCUCAAUUUCCCAUCCCACUCCCACGAAAUCAUCCCUGACGGGUAAGCUAGACCAUCUGCACGAUUCGACCGAGUAUGAAAUAUACUCCAGCUUAAAGUCUGCCAAUAGCUACAAAUCUACAUUCAAUCCUUUCGCAACAUCGACAAAUUUACCAAUUGUGACAUUUUCAGGUUCAUCACUGAACUUUGACGGUAAGGUAAAGAAACUGCCCUCGUACUCGUUUGACGACUCUGCACUGGCAUCAUUCACUCCCACCAAGAACAAGAAGAACAAACUUUCCCUAGACGAUGACACGUUCGGAGGCGGCAGCACUUUUGGACACAGUAGCAGUUUCGGUGUCGGUAAGCUAGAGUUUCCUUUUCCUAGUGGUGGAAAGUUCAACAACCCUUACGGGUUUGGCGAGCCACCACUAGUUAAAUCUGCUGUAUCGACACUGAAACAUUUUGGCGCGGGACUUUUAGGUAAACCAGAGAAACAAUCUUCAACCUUUUAUGGCAUUGACAGCGAAGAGAGUGGUUUUGGAAAUUCAAAAUUUAAACCAUUUGGCAAAGGUAGUAGCGGAAGCAGUAGUAGUAGCUUCAAAAAUACUUACAAUCUCGAUAGCGAUGAAUCUGAAGAGAUAUACACAAAACCCAAAAGUCCAAAACUGCACUCGUCCUAUGGCACCAAACUGAAGCCCUCCCACAACACAGAGUUCGAAAGCGACUUCGAUGUGAAAAACAUCAAGCUGCCUGGCACUCUCAACAAGUUCAGACCUAACACGUUUCCUAAAUCGACCCCACACAAAUCCAAACACGGUUCCGACAUUGACAAUCCUAACCCGCUUGAAUUCCGACCUAACUUCAAACUGCAAGAUGUACCAAAUCUGUAUCCCGAUGACCAUAUAGGUGCAGGAAUUGCUGCUAAAGGUCAAAUUGAGAACUUCCUUAACGCAGAACAUUCCUUCCGGAAUGAGCCAGUACGAACAACCCACUUCCUCGACGGCCACCCUGGGAAAAAGGGUCAGUAUAAUCAGUUUUUGAAGUCUCAGGAAGAUGAGCAGUUCGAGAAGGAAGCGUUGAAGGCCCAGAUUGAGUAUUUGAAAGCGCAAGCUGCGAAGCGUCCAGAAGUAAGGCAACGUCCACCCGGUCCACCACCAUCCAUCAAACAUAACUCUGCACCACCACGUGGCCGUCCAGUUCGGCGUAUUCCUCAGUUAGCUCCUCUUGGCGCCAAGCAAUCUCGACCACCGGUAAGGAUUCCACACUUCAACGACAGGCCUUACAGUGUAAGUUUUAAGCUCUAAAUAAACUCUGAGUCAAACAAUUCCGUAGACGGAAAAUCGGUAGGAUGGAGCAAUCCUCAGUGCAAUUUGCCUUUGUUUAUCUAGAGUAGUGUAGUCGAUUACGUAGUAUUAGAUUAUUUAUUAAUUGUAGUCAUUAGCAAGCCAAUUUUAGAUACGACAAAAACAAAGUACGAAGAACGAAAUUUCAUAAAUUA